AUGAAGUUCAUCUUCUUCAGCCUUUCUCUGCUCCUCCUUCUGGAGAAGAAAGCAGCCGGGAUAGAACUCUAUGGUGGACCAAAAGGACACUUCCUAGUCAAAACAUCCCCACUCAUGUUUAUUGGAAAAAGCCAGUUCCUCUAUGGGCACAAAGAAGAACAGGAAGAGGCACCUGAAGAAAGCAUCUUUGUGCAAACUAAGCACCAUGCCUAUGGCCAGGAUGCCGAUGCGGACAUGGGAGAGGCUCUCAGUUCACAGGAACUGACAAGUUUAAAGGAAGACAUAGUUUGUGAUGAAGAAGAUGAGCUUGCCCAACAAAAAUCCCAGCUGCAAUCCCAGUCACAAACAAAAUCCCAAACCCAAGUAAAAUCCUAUGCAGCCCAACUGAAGCCCCAACCUGGCCAGCUGAAGACCGCAGGGCAGGCGAAGUCACAAACCAUGCUGAAAUCCCACAGAGCCCCUCUGAAGUCCUACAAAGCACACCUUCAUCCCCGAGAAGGCGUUCCUCAGCAAACCAAGGGCAGAGGCUAUGGCCUGGGGGAAGACCUGGUCCAAGUGCGUCAACAGCCAGCAAAGGUUCACAGGCUCAAAAGACAGCACAGCCGGUCCAGGGAAACAGCAGCAUUCUUCCCACAGUUCAGACACCGCUCUCGACCCUAUCCUAGGUACUCUGUGCAAUUUCAAGAGCAGCUACAGGGCAGUGUUCAUCACACAAAAUCUUUCUACCCAGGUCCCGGGAUGUGCUACUGUCCAAGAGGAGGGCUAAUUCUAUACCAAGAUGCCUUCACUGGAUAG